AUGUCCUCGCAAAACUGGGAUGAAUCCGUCCCACUGGCGUCAAACCACAAAGCUCCAUCAACAGGCCCACUUCCCAGCGACGUCGGCUUUCGACCUUCAAACAAUGGGCUUGUGACUGUGCAGCCAGCCCGCCUCGAGGACCUGCAGCCAAGUUAUGCUCAGGUCCUCAAGCAUCCCGAUGGCGACGCUAAUGUCCACGGCUGGUAUGCAUCCAUGAUUCACACCUUGGGCGAAACCAUUGGAUUCAUAGGCGCCAUCCCUUGCUGCUUAUGCUGCCCCAACCCCUUCAAGCCUAUUGAUCAGGGUGAAGUCGGCUUGGUGACGCGGUUCGGUCGCUUCGAACGUGCUGUUGACCCGGGUCUCGUGAAAGUCAAUCCUCUCAGCGAGCAUUUGACUACAGUCGACGUGAAGAUCCAAAUCGUUGAGGUUCCCCGCCAAGUUUGCAUGACGAAGGAUAACGUCACCUUGAAUCUGACCUCCGUUAUCUACUACCACAUUACCUCUCCCCACAAAGCAGCCUUUGGCAUCACAAAUAUUCGCCAGGCGCUUGUUGAACGGACACAAACCACCCUCCGCCACGUUGUCGGCGCCCGUGUGUUGCAGGACGUCAUCGAACGCCGGGAGGAAGUCGCCCAAUCGAUCGGAGAGAUCAUUGAGGAAGUUGCUUCGGGCUGGGGUGUCCGAGUGGAGUCGAUGUUGAUUAAGGAUAUCAUUUUCAGCAAUGAGCUCCAAGAAUCUUUGUCAAUGGCUGCACAAUCUAAGCGUAUUGGAGAGAGUAAAGUUAUCGCUGCUCGCGCAGAGGUGGAAUCAGCCAAGCUCAUGAGGACCGCCGCCAACAUCCUCUCUUCCGCUCCCGCUAUGCAAAUCCGAUAUCUCGAAACUAUGCAGGCAAUGGCUAAGACCGCCAACAGUAAAGUCAUCUUCCUGCCGGCUAUCAACCAGACCGUCCAGGAACAACUCCGAACCGCUGAUGCCGCUGGAGAAGGCCCAAGUCAGUACGGUCAGAAUUACGAAGGGGACGCUGACGGCUUUCAACAAGCAAUGAAAGCCCGCGUGGUCGAGGAUAUUUAG